UUUGCCAUAUUUUACCAAAUGUAGUGUGCUUCCAUCAAAUUAAGUUAAGUUUUGGAUUUUUAUUUAAUUUAAAUGUAUGUCAAUUGAAAUGACAUAGGCUUACUUAUUACUUAUAUAAAAAUAUUCGUCACAGGACACCGUACUUAUUACUUAGAACCAGUCAUCCUAGCAACCAGCGGUAACCAAGGGAGGGCGGGGCAGGCGGCGUUCCGAACGUGACGUCAUCGCUCAAGUCUGCGAGUGAGUAUAAAAGCGCUGACAUCACAAACAGAACGUCAUUCGCGCAAUUGAAGAUGUUUCGCUUGAAAGAUACUACUGUGCCUAUGCCAAAGGAGGACUUGUGGACUGGAACCGCUCGAAUACUGGACAAACAGCGAGAGAUAAAGUACAUACAUGCUGUUCUCAGAAAACACAAAGAGAGACAAAUUGCUGCCCUGCUGACCAAGAAGGAGAAACUGCAGAAGCGAGUCAGCCAGGACCGAAUCUACUGGAGCUUAUUAGACAGUGUCUUGAAGUCCUCAGAUGAGUUUGAGGACUUUGGAAAGCUCAUUGGCCGCUUCAAGACACUGGUGCGUACGAAGGAGCAGCUGCUGAAGAGGCAGAGCACGAUGGAGAGCGAGAGAGAGAGGGAAGCCGUGCAGCUGAGGCAAUAUGUCAGCGAGAGGAGAUCAUUGUUACAGCAUUAUGAGAACACACUCUCACAGCUACAGACUGAACUGAACACCACCCGUUCUCAGGCUCGCAGAUUGGAAUCCACUGAGAAGCACAUCCAGAAAACAGAUGCCAAAAGGACAUUACUUUUGGGCCGGAUACACGUUGCGACACGGAAUCUUUAUCAAAUGACUGGCGGAGUCACAAGUGGUGCUGAAGGGUUUAAUGUUAAGGACACGCUGGAUCAACUGGACAGGAUACAGCAGAACAUCCAGAUGUGGACUGAAAUUCUUCAGGAUCUGGGGUCAGACAAAGGAUCUAUCAAAGCCAGCAACCACGCGUGAAACCCCACACAAAUUCACUAAACUGUACAGACCGAGCGGAUUUUACCGGACAGUAUUUGAAACAGGAGGCUCUCGCGCCGCCGCAGCGUCUCUAAUCACCGGCCGCAGCUCAUCAAUCACCUAAUCAAUAUCAAUACACGCCUUCCUGCCGCGCAUGCGCACCAGCCAACCAGCGCCUACUGGCAGAAAAUAGAAACAAAAUAAAAGACUGCAUUUAUUCCA